AUGAGCUUCCUCAACCGUCUGAUUCCAGCUGCCACCGCUAGAACUGCAGUUCGAUUUGCUUCCUCCGGACGGUACUACACCAAGAAACACGAAUGGAUCACAGUCGACAAGUCUGUCGGAACAGUUGGAAUCACCGAUUUUGCUACGGAGCAACUGGGAGAUGUUGUCUUCAUUGAGCUUCCGGAAGCAGGAGCUGAGAUCGAAAAGGGAGAGUCAACAGGAGCUGUGGAGAGUGUGAAGGCCGCAUCGGACAUCUAUGCACCAGUCAGUGGCAAAGUGCUCGAGAAGAAUACGAAGCUGGAAAAUGAGCCAGGAAUUAUCAACAAGAGUCCAUUGGAGAAGGGAUGGCUGUACAAAGUCGAGCUUAAGAGUGUCGAUCAAUUGAAGGAGCUUCUGAGCGAGGAGCAGUACAACACGUUCAAGGAGGAGGAAGAGGCAGCGCAUUAA